UAAUUGAAGGAAGUAUGCACAGAUGCUAACGAUAAAAGUCCACAUCGUCGUCUCAAUCUCAUAUCCUGGUGAUGAUUAUUAUCUAUCUAUCCACCAUCGAUCACGCAAGCAAGCCAAGUGCUCACUGUUGAUCAAUAAUGCUAAGCGCGACGGCCCUCCUCUUCUUGCUCCUCCUCGUCUCUGUGAUUGUUCUUCUUGUAUCAUCAUAUCAUGGCAACAAUAAUACUGGAACGAAAUCAAAGAAGAAGCGCCCUCCUGGCCCAUGUCGACUCCCGUUCAUCGGAAGCAUCCACCACCUGCUCACCUCGCAGCCGCAGGCCACUCUCCGCGACCUGGCCCAGAAGCAUGGCCCUGUGAUGUACCUCCGGCUGGGCCAAGUGGACACCGUGGUGGUCUCGUCGCCGGCGGUCGCGCAGGUGGUGCUCCGUGACAAGGACAUCAACUUCGCGUCGCGGCCGUACCUGCUCGCCACGGAGAUCAUCGGCUACGACGGCCAUGACUUCGCCUUCGCUCCCUACGGGGCCUACUGGAGGGCGCUGCGCAAGCUGUGCACGCUGGAGCUCCUCAGCGCGCGCAAGGUGAGGCAGCUCGCGCCCAUCAGGGACAGCGAGACCAUGUCCCUCGUCACGGAGAUCCGCCGCCGUUCCUGUGGCGCCCGCGGCGAGCCUGCAGCAGUCAACCUCGGCAGCCUGCUGGUCUCCUGUGCUAACAAUAUCACUGGGCUGGCGACCUUCGGAGACCGCUUCAGCAGCGAGCACAAGGCGAAAUUCCUGUCAACGAUGGCGGUCGUGCUGAGCAGCGGUUCCGGUUUCUGCGUCUCCGACCUCUUCCCGUCCAUGCGGUUCCUGGACGUCGCCACUGGGAUGCGACGCCGCCUGCAGGUGGCGCAUGAGCAGCUCGACCAGGUGCUGGACCAGAUCAUCGAGGCGUGCGAGGCGAGGCAGAACAUCAAGAAUGCUGAGGCGGAAGACGACGAUAUUCUGAGCACCAUGCUUAGAAUCAAAGAUGAGGAGGAGUUCGACUUCCCGUUCAACAUCACACACAUCAAGGCAGUCAUCAUUGAUUUAUUCAUAGGAGGCACCGAGACGACUUCGUCUGUAGCUGAGUGGGUCAUGUCCGAGCUCAUGAGAAACCCCGAAGCCAUGGCCAAGGCCCAAGCAGAGGUUCGGCGAGCACUCGACAGCAAGAACCCAGGCGACCACGAGUCGCUCCUGGGCUCCCUGAGCUACACCGGCAUGGUGAUCAAGGAGACGAUGAGGCUGCACCCGUCGCUCCCGCUCCUGCUUCCCCGCCUCUGCCGCGAGGACUGCGACGUCGGCGGGUUCGAGGUGCCCAAAGGAACCAGAGUGAUCGUCAACUCGUGGGCGAUGGCCAGAAGCCCAGAGCUUUGGGACGAAGCCGAGGAGUUCAGGCCCGAGAGGUUCGUGGCAAGCACGGCUGAUUACAAGGGGACGCAGUUUGAGUACUUGCCGUUCGGCAGCGGGAGGAGGAUGUGUCCUGGCAUGGGCUUCGGACUGGUCACGUUAGAGCUCAUCGUGGUGCGCCUCCUCUACUACUUCGACUGGAGCCUUCCAGCUGGGAUCCGCGCCGAGGAGCUGGACAUGGACACCACGGUUGGAGCGACAGCAAGGAGAACAAGACAGCUGCACCUUGUGGCGAUGCCUUACGAGCAAGCCAUGGAAAUUUGAAGAUUGGAGUCCGAACUGCGUUUCGUUCUUGGCAUUGUGCCCCUGUCAAAUAAGAUUAAAACAGUCUUACUUAUGAUAAAAGCUUCCGACCUUAGUAACGAUGUUGGUUGGAUUCAACUUCUCACUUGAAAAUGAUGAACAGUUGCUCUGUUAA